AUGCCAGCCUUCGUCCUUGUCCCUGCGUCACCGUCCGACCUCGAAGCAAUCGCUCAGGUCCAGUUCGCAGCCUGCGCCUCCGACCAUGGAUUUCCUGUCGUCUUCCCAAAGGGAGCCACGUUGACUUCCAUCACCCAUGUUGUGCAUUCAUACGAGCAUGACUUGGAGAAUGACCCUAGCUGCCACAUCAUGGUGGUCAAGGAAGCAAUGUCCGGCGAGAUCGCGAGCUUUGCCGUCUGGCAUUUUUUCCCUCCCAGAAGCCAAGAGGAGGUCGAGCAGGAAAUGCUAAUUCUGGACUUCCCACUCCCUGACGACGCCAAUAAGGAAGUGGGAAAUCGCUUGAUGCACAAUAGCAUCAGGAAACGCCAUGAAGUCGUCGCAUCAGCUAUCGGGACGGAAAAGCCCUACGUGUACCUCGCCGUGUUAGGCACAAGUCCAAAAUACCAGAAGCAAGGCGCUGCUUCCCUCUUGCUCCAGUGGGGCCUGGAGCGUGCCGAUGACCGAGGGCUGGCAGCCUAUGUCGAGAGUGCUCCACCGGCACUGCGGCUCUAUGAAAAAUAUGGCUUCAAGGAAGUUUCCAAAUUACCCCUAGAAAUGUCACCGUGGAAGGAAGGAGAGUAUCUAAAUGUAUGCAUGGUUCGGCAGCCUUCAAGCUGA